GCUACAAAUUGAACAUCAUUCUGGUUUCCGCAUCCAUUUGCGCACGACCAUGGACGCCGCGCUGUGGGAGCACCAGCGGGAGAUCGCAGCCGUGGCGCGCCACCGCAGCGUGUUGGUGAGCAGUUCUCAGCCCGUGGGCAAGACUUUCAUGAGCUGCGCGUUGUUGUCCGAGGCCGCUUCCUCAAAUAGCACGCAGGUUAACGUUGUGGCAGUUGCCGCGUCGCCUUCGGGUCGCUCCGCUCUACAGACGCAGCUAGCGCGACUAUGUGGACACCGCGUGCUCUGCAGUGACAGUAAUACAGCCAGCCAGUGGCUGGGGGACCAAGAAUUCGCUCGUAAGCAGCUACACAAUGCACAAGUCCAGAUCGCGAUCUUGUCGCCGUUAAUACUGCAGGAAAUUUUGCGUAAGAAGACACUGGACCUGAUAAAUGUGGAUCUGUUGGUCGUGAAAGACUGGGACCUGGUACAUGCUGAGUUGCCGUCUUUCUUCAGCCUGCUAACGAACCUGAUGGACGAGAUGACGACAGCCACGACGCUGCGGAUCUUCGCGACGUCGACGCUGCCAGCGUCCAAGAUGGACUGGAACCCGGUGACUAACCCGUUGCUUAAGCAUAUCCACGUAUUUAACAUGUUGCCAGUGCUGUCGUCGACGUCUAUGGAGCCAAGUUUCCCUCCGUUGCAUUGCGAAGUAUUCGAGAACAAGGACAAGAGCAUAGAACAAGAUGAGGUGAGUGUGAGGGACUUUUUGCUGGGUGCAAACGACAAGAAAGUGGACUUGGUGCACGUCUUUCGAAUGGAGUUGGAGUUAGGGAAUUCAGCGGCGGUGUAUGAUGAACGUAAGAAGCAGGACAAGGUGAACAGAUUCAUCCAAGACGCUGAAGUGGUCAAAGAACAUUUGGGGCAGUGGUGUUUGUGGAAGUUUGUGGAGCUGGAACUGCAGGCUAAUUUACAGGCGUGCAUUGUGGACGAUCCAGACAACGUCAACAACAGGAAAAAGCGUAAGCAGCAGCAGGAAGAUGCCGUCGAUGUUGACGACCCGAUGGAUGGAGAAGGAAAUGACGACGAAUUGGAUUCAGAUGAAGGUGGAGAGGUGGACGAAGAAGAGGUCGAGAUGGUGGAUAGCAGUAAUGUAGAGGAUAAUACUGGAAAAGAAGGCAUGUCGGCGCAAACAGUGAAGACAGAUCGGCUGAUUGCGAGAUUCAUUGGCAAUGUCGGGAUUGAUGAAAGCACGAAGCUAAAAAUUCGACCAAUUCUGAAAGUGUUAUCGUGGCUGUCUGCGCAGUCGAAGGUGUGUGGAACGCUGGAGGCCUCGUCUCGGCUGCUAAAGACUGCUGAGAUUGUGCGGAAUCGUUUUAUUAAUUCGCCGGGAACGAAGGAGAUCCGAGCCUGGGUUUUCCUCGAACGACGAUGUCACUGUCGUGUCGUCGCUGAGUAUUUAACCGCUGCAUUGGCAGAUUUGGGAUUGCCCCCGAGUUGUUGCAUGCUUGGAAGUAGCAACGCCCGUAUAUCCGGAGCACUGCGAUUUUCGUCGUUUCUGAAGGUGAUGCAGAUGUUUACAAAUUAUACGACGAACAUAAUGGUGACCACCUCUGUGGCCAAGAAAUCGCAGAAAUUGCGGAUGGCUCCGCCGCCGUGUGACCUCGUUGUGGUAAUGAACGAGCUACUGGAGCCGAACAAACUGUACGAAUUUGGCAAGAGAGCAGAUAUCACGAAGGGCUUCGUCAAGUAUAUUACAGAGGACACAGUGCUGGCUCGCAAGAAGUUCGAAGGGCUUGUUCGCAAGAUGCAGGAGUACGUUCGCCUCGAGCAGGAAAAUAACCGAGUUCACGGUGUGAUAUCCGAACCGACUUCCAGUGCUACGACUGAUAGUAGCAGCCUGCAGAUGCCUCAACCCCCGUCCUCCUCGACAGAAGCUGCUGUAUCAAGCUCAGACUCCACAUUGGCUUCGCUGCAAGCAGAACACCGACUUGCUAUCAUCCCGAAACCAGUUCAACCUGUUGUGAAUCCUUAUGAGCUUGUCCAUCGCGACACAGGGGCAAUUCUGAACGUGACGAACAGCGUGUCGUGUUUGAGCAAAUUCUGUGAUACGCUCCCUGGUUUGGAUACAUACGACCGGCGCCCGCAGUAUAUCGUAAGGCGAAUUUCUAUCGUGAAGCACAUGGCACCGUCGCUGAAGAAAGCGAAAAAGAAGCUGUUGAAGUACAAUUCGAAGCUUACAGACAAAAUCGACGCGCUGAAAGCUGAAGCAGAGCAGCGAGCCAACGCGGUGAUCGACGAAAAUGGAGAUGAAAGCAUAGAUGGUGACGAGGAAUCUACAAGUAGUGCAUCUAGUGAUGGGCGAUUUCACUUUUCAGCAACAUUAAAACUACCAGGCGCAUUGGGUAUUAAGAAGCAGCUUCAUUCACAGCAAGUGGAAACCCAAGAUGAAGCAAAGGGCAUCGUUGCCUUCAAGGCUUGUCAAGAACUGCUGAAGAAAGGGUUGCUCGAUCGACACUUCCGUUCCAAACUCUUAGACGAUCAAGUGGCUACUAUUCACAAAGAUGACGUAGGAACGAACAGUAGUAACGGUGAGACUUCUACAGGUGAUGAUACGAUCGUGCUUGGAGAAAAUGACGAAACUCCCGCUCAACUUGCUGAUCUUUCAACACAGUCAUCGUAUGACUUACCGCCAGUAAGUGCAGUGGAGUUGAGUUUACGACCUAUCCGGAGUCUCACACGAGAGGCUGCCAGUAGCAGUGAGGAAGGAGAAGAGUGGUCGACGACAAUGUGCUUUUACGGCCUCAGUGGAGCACACUACGCUAUACUGGCGACCAAUGAAUUGUAUACUGGCAACACCAACACAGGCUGGCGCUACGAUUUCGCCACCAGCGGCGUCAUGUCACCGGAGAUCCAGCCAAUAACACUGGCAAAGUAUCCGAUUAAACUUACUUUAACGAAGCAGGAGCUACACGAUGUGCUACACUUUCAUUUGGUGGUGAUGCGUCUCGCAUGUAUGGGAGUACAAGACGCUGUGCGUGACGUGGACAUUGCGAGUGACAACGUAUGGAACGAAUUCUCGGAACAGAAUGACAAGGGAUACCUGGUUGUACCGAGCGUGAUGGAUGAAUCAAAGCAACCACCAACGCUGUCAUUAGACUGGGACUAUGUUCGUGAGAUCAUCGGGAAGCCUUUGCUUGAGCCUUUGUGGCCAUUCCCGACUACGGGUGCUACUGGGAAUGCAAAGGAUCCAACCGACGAGUGGAUCUGCGUUCCGACGUAUCGCUUAAAUGUCAGCUAUGUCGUCGAGGCUGUCACUAAUCGCACGGUGGAUGAUAUUCGCAAAGAGUAUUUGGCAGACGAACAAGCGUGGGCGACUCACUUGAAAAAGGGAAAGUCGACCCCAGGAAAUCCGAUCCUGGGUCGUUGGCAAACCCGUCAACAGCUCGAGGAAGCCGACGCAGAUCAACCAUUGAUCCAUGGCAUCCAAGUUCCUCCGAUCGUUCCCAUCAUUCGGAGAGUCAUGCAGCGCAACAAUGACGAAGGAAGCAUUGCGCAAUAUAAGACCAAAUUCAACGAGCGCUUGCUGAUCCCGCAGUACACGUCGCGCCUGCGACUGACUAAAAGCCGGUUCUUCGAUGCCAUGGGACUAGUUCCGCUUCUUUACGAGUUCGAACGCAAGUGUCAGAUAUCGCAUCUCAUGGGGAAAAUCGGUCUGGAGCUCGAUAUGACUUUGCUGGAUGAUGCAACCACAAAACCCGCUUACGAACGUCUGGAAAUCCUCGGGGACACGUUCUUAAAACUCGAGACCUCGUGGUACAUGUAUGAACAGCGCAAGGAUAUCUAUCAGGAGGGACAGCUAACACAGCUUCGUCGCGAUAUUAUUCGCAACGACAGACUUAACCAGUUCGCACUGGCAGCUCGUCUUCACCACUACAUGUUGUACCCGGCCGAAGUGGAGCAGCAUCCUUUCCAGUGUUGGAAGCCUUCGUGCAUGGGUAAGACACCUGACCCCGUUGUAGCUCCUGCGAAGUGGAUCGCUGAUGUCUUGGAGGCAAUUACGGGUGCGUAUCUGGUUGGUCAGGGAGAAAAGGGUGCUCGCUACUUCCUCAAGUGGAUUGGUGUCAGUGUUCUAGAGCACCCGUCUACCAACUUCGCAAGACCCUUUUACCCUGAUUGCUUUCCCAAUGAGCUGUACGACGCAACAAUGACGUCGGGUGGAGCUGAAUACCCGCUAAGCUUGAAUUUCAAGGUGCCACAAUUCGAAGACCUCCCGAAGCGACUUAUGCUGCUUCAGCAGCGUUUGAAGUACACAUUUCGCAACAAGCGUCUACUACUGGAGGCCGUAACGCACCCGUCAGUUGGCCAGCUUGUGUUGCAUAUCGAUCAAAUGGAUGUUAAUGCUGAAGGGAAUGCAGGAGGCGAUGUUGAGGUUAUGUCACGCUCUCAGAAGAAGAAGAAGACGGUGUGGAAGGGUGACUAUGAGCGACUGGAGUAUCUAGGCGAUGCUUUGAUCGAGUAUCUUACCCUGUCCUACGCAUUCUUAAUGUACGAUAAGUGGCUGCCAGGAUCGCUUUCACAGUGGAAGAGUGCAACAGUAUCAAACGAUGCGUUGGGCAAGACAGCGCUGGCAUGUUUUGGUGUAGACGAGUGCAUUUUUGCUGGAUGUGUUCGUAUCGACCCCGAAACGAUGGAACGUGUCGCUAAUAUCGAGCGGAAAUAUGCGCGUCCUGAAGCAAAAACGGGGUUGAGUCCAGCGUUUGAAGCUGUCGGGGUAUCAAAGAAGAAGGCGAAGAGCAAAAGUGCCCCAAGUGGUGGUAACAGUCACACGCUGCCGAAAAUGUUCGCUGAUGUUUUCGAAGCUCUCGUUGCUGCGGUGUUCUUGGACUCGGGUCAGGAUUUGCAACUUAUCCGCGAUGUUUUCAUGGGCCCACUGCUGAACACGGUGGAGCAGGACGCCUACGCUUACGUGUGUCAUGAAAGUGGACUAGCGAUGGACAAUGGAGGCGACGAGUUGAUGGAAGAUCUGGUGUUCUCGAGCGAUGAAGAAGACUAACUAUGAGCGCAAGUAAAACUGAGUCAGAAACGUCGGGAACUGAUGAGUUGUAGGUGGAAAAUUGACUUCAAGCUACAUUCGCUGUGUCUAGCAUGGUGUACCGACACUUACCAUGCAGGUAAGACCUUACGUUUUUUUUUCUUAUGGAAUUUACUGCAGCUUGUCGAGAAUACGCAGCCCCUGCUCCUCGUAUUCACUCUUGAGCAGCCAGAAGGCGUCGUUGUCUUUCAUGACAUCAGCCAAGACACUGCCACCCUGGAACACCAAGUGUUUACGGCGAGGAGGGUCGUUAAUGCGGAGACGGAACUUGCUCAGUCGACUCUUGUCGCCCUUGAGCACAUCCGUCAGGUAUCUUUGUUUGAUGUCCUUCUCCAGACGACUGGGGAGACCCGGGUACAUGCUGGAGCCACCCGACAGCACGAUGUUCUUGAAGAAUUCCGUGCGCAGAUCGAUGUCGGCCUUCAUGCACAUGUCGAACACCAUGUCGCUCAGACCAGCACCUUCCACGUCGAUCAAACUCGGGUUAAACAGCGCCUCGGGAGCCUCAAAACGUUCACGACCCAGACGCACCACACGACCAUCAGGCAGUUCGUACGAUUCCUCAAGGACCGUCGUCUCCAGGGCCAAUUUACGCUCAGCAGCUGUGUCGUACGCCACGUAGCACCACUUCUCCUUUAUCUGACGCGCCGUCUCGAAGUCAGCGGUGCGGUUAAGCGGGUAGCCACGUAGUAGCAUGAGCUUGAUGAGGUAGUUGGUAAUGUGGCGACCAGCGACGUCCAGACGGCAGAUGAGGUGCUGCGGCACGUAGCCCUGGAAGACCGGCACGACGUGUGUGACACCGUCGCCCGUGUCAAUGACUACGCCCGUGGUGAUACCUUGCGCGUAUAGAGUGAGCAUGGCCUGUGUGGUGAUGUUGCAGCCUUCGAAGCCGUACUUCUCGAACAUGGUUUCCACCAGUUUCUCACGGUUGCGCUUGGGGUUGAGCGGUGGCUCAGUUAGUAGGAUGCGAUGGCCCUUGGGGUCGAUGGCCAGACGCUCCUUGAACGUGUAGUCCCAGAGCUUCUCCAUGUCGUCCCAGUUUUUGACGAUGCCGUUCUCCACGGGGUACGAGAUCUCGAGGUUCGAUCGCACAGCCGCGGCUUCAUCGCCGAACAUGAUAUCCUGCAACACAGAGGUUGAGAAUUAGCUACAUUUUAAGCAGUAAAUGGCAGGGAUUUUGAUCGUACUUUGAGCAGGAUGUCCGUUUGCACGGCUUCUUCGGCGCGUAGCACGGGGCGCCCCACGAGGGACGGGAAAAUAGCCUUGGGGAAGUUCUCAGCGGCGAAGCCAGCCUUGACAAACUGAAGCAGCGUGGGGAGGUUAGUAGACGGAUAUACAAGUAAUUACACUGCUGCAACGAGGUAAAAUGACGCACCCCCGUGCCAUUAUCGCAC